CUGGAAGGAGGCUCCGCUGGUGCCACCGGGCCAGGGGCUGCCGAGACCGGGCUGCGGCAGUCGUUAGCGGGUCAUGUCGGCUGCCCAGGGCUGGGACAGGAACCGCCGGAGGGGAGGAGGCGCCGCAGGCGGCGGCGGAGGUAGCGGGGCCGGCGGGGGCAGUGGGGGCAGCGGGGGUCGGGGAACCGGCCAGCUCAACCGCUUCGUGCAACUCUCCGGGCGGCCGCACCUGCCAGGUAAGAAGAAAAUACGAUGGGACCCAGUUAGGAGACGCUUCAUUCAGUCCUGUCCCAUCAUAAGGAUCCCUAACAGGUUUUUGAGAGGCCACAGGCCUCCGCCAGCGCGCAGCGGACACCGGUGUGUGGCAGAUAAUACCAACCUGUACGUGUUUGGAGGCUACAACCCAGAUUAUGAUGAGUCUGGGGGCCCCGACAAUGAGGACUACCCUCUCUUCAGGGAGCUCUGGAGGUAUCACUUUGCUACAGGAGUGUGGCACCAGAUGGGCACAGACGGCUACAUGCCCCGAGAGUUGGCAUCUAUGUCACUUGUGCUGCAUGGAAACAACCUGCUCGUCUUUGGAGGAACGGGCAUCCCCUUUGGUGAGAGCAACGGCAAUGACGUGCACGUGUGCAAUGUGAAGUAUAAGAGGUGGGCACUCCUCGGCUGCCGGGGGAAGAAGCCCAGUCGGAUAUAUGGACAGGCCAUGGCGAUCAUCAACGGCUCCCUUUAUGUCUUUGGAGGGACAACGGGAUACAUUUACAGCACAGACCUACACAAAUUAGAUCUCAACACCAGAGAGUGGACACAGCUAAAACCUAACAACCUGUCCUGCGACCUGCCAGAAGAGAGAUACAGGCAUGAAAUUGCCCAUGACGGGCAGAGGAUUUACAUCUUGGGAGGUGGUACUUCCUGGACCGCUUAUUCCUUAAACAAGAUCCACGCAUACAACCUUGAAACAAAUGCAUGGGAGGAAAUCGCGACAAAACCCCAUGAAAAAAUAGGUUUCCCUGCAGCCCGGAGAUGUCACAGUUGUGUUCAAAUAAGAAAUGAUGUCUUUAUUUGUGGGGGCUAUAACGGAGAAGUGAUCUUGGGCGACAUCUGGAAGUUGAAUCUGCAGACUUUCCAGUGGGUGAAGCUCCCGGCGACCAUGCCCGAGCCAGUUUAUUUUCACUGUGCGGCUGUCACACCAGCCGGCUGCAUGUACAUCCACGGGGGAGUGGUGAACAUCCACGAGAACAAACGGACUGGCUCCCUGUUCAAGAUCUGGCUGGUGGUACCCAGCCUGCUGGAACUGGCCUGGGAGAGGCUGCUAGCUGCCUUCCCCAACCUGGCCAACCUCUCCCGGACACAGCUUCUGCACCUCGGCCUUACGCAGGGACUCAUCGAGCGCUUGAAAUGAGGAUUUCCGGGCUGUUCAUUGAUACUGGAAAUUUAAUUUAAAGAGACUCCUUUAUUUAUGGGCAGUGGAGACUGUGCUACAGAGAGGACUGGUUCCCCUGAUCAAGGCCUUACUCAGAAAAUACAUCAGAUGCCUUUCUGUA